CAGGAAUCUCCUCGCCUCCAUGCUCAGGUAUCUCUGCUUCCUGCUCGCCGCCGCCUCGCCGCUGGCGUCCGCGCUCCGCGUGGCUCCCGUCGUCGCUGCGCCGGCGGCGCGCGCGAGCCGCAGCUCCCCAGUCAGCAUGGGCUGGGAGUGGAUCACCGAGGCGGGCGGUCCGCAGGGCGACAAGUUCAAGAAGGGCACCGACUACAUGUUCUUCCAGGGGCCGACCCCCAAGACGGGCGUGCAAGAUGACCUGCCAAACCUCUUCUCCAAGGAGAACUUUGAGGAGUUUGAGAUCACGCCACUGAUGAUUGCCGCCGCCGUGACGGGCGGCGGCUCGCUCGCCGUCGUUGCCAGCGUCGUGCUGGCCUAGGCCGUCUCUCCCUUUUCGCAAAAUGUGUGUGUGUGUGUGUGUGGUACACCCCUUGUCGCGCCGAGUGCGAUACAUCUCGUGAUUUGGGACCCUUUCUCAUGUAGAUGCGUGUAUGCGCGGAAAUUCCCACACGGAGGGUGCGCUGUGGGCCCGCGCCCGCCGCCGCCCGUGCGCCGUGCCCGUGGGGGCCCCCGCCGCCCUGUCGGCCGCAACGGGACGGACCCCCGACAAAACAACCUGAAUAUAACCUCGUCAGGCGUCCGACGGCGGCAGCGCUCUGUGCCGGCGGAAGGCGGUUCCCCCGACGAGGAUCGCCCUCCCCCCGGCCCACUGGCUCGGCCUCGCGAGCGUGGCGUGGCAGACCUCGCAGCAGGCGUGGACCUGCGCGUGGCUGCAGAGGCGGCUGAUGGCGCGGCAGCUCUCGACGUGGCAGCGUACGUCCAUCUCGAAGACUUCGAGCUGAUCCUCCGCCCCCCACUCCUCAUCGUCCUCCUCCUCGCCCUCGCCGCCCUCGC